UCCUCAUUUGGCGCUAGCGGAGAGAUGGCUCGGACGAAGCAGACGGCUCGAAAGUCAACUGGCGGCAAAGCGCCCCGCAAGCAGCUGGCGACCAAGGCUGCCCGUAAGAGCGCGCCCGCUACGGGCGGCGUGAAGAAACCUCACCGCUACCGCCCGGGCACCGUCGCCCUGCGAGAGAUCCGCCGCUACCAGAAGUCCACCGAGCUGCUGAUCCGCAAGCUACCCUUCCAGCGGCUGGUGCGGGAAAUCGCCCAGGACUUCAAGACCGAUCUGCGCUUCCAGAGCUCGGCCGUCAUGGCGCUGCAGGAGGCGAGCGAAGCCUACCUGGUGGGGCUGUUCGAGGACACCAAUCUGUGCGCCAUUCACGCCAAGAGGGUGACCAUCAUGCCCAAGGACAUUCAACUGGCGCGCCGCAUCCGCGGGGAGAGAGCUUAGAUCUGCCGCUUCUCCGGAAAACACCACCAUACCCAAAGGCUCUUUUAAGAGCCGCCACCUUCGUCUCGAAAGGAGCUCGAGCCCAUUUGUCAACCAAAUCCCAUGGGGGGCUAAGUAAAUACCGUUGCCCCCACAGUGUACCUAAAUUGUAGCAGAAAAAGGGUGACUUCUGAAGCAUUUAUUCUGUACGCCUUGUUUUAUUUGAAGCCCUAAUUGUUCUAGACACAGUAAAUAACCAUUAUAUCAACCGCCAUUUUGGGAUCGGGAAAAUUCUGUAUACUUUGAAGAUUUAUGACUAACUGUAUAAAGGAAUUGUUUUGUGUAGCUUUGGAAGGGUUGUUUCACCUCAAUUGUCCACGAGCCCGGCAACCUCUAUGCUUGCCCAAGGGCAGUCUCGAAGAUUCUGAUCCUUCUCAGAUGAGUGAAAAAAGGGGAACCUAAAUUUCUAAUUUCCCGCCCAACAGCCGGGAGACCGUUGAAAACUACCCUAAAUUCAACUUGACUCUUUCACCCGGAACUCUAGCAAUUUGCAUGUAGGGGAGGGCGCCUCCUGAAUUUUGGAUAAUAAAGAGCAAGGUAGUCA